AUGACUGCGCCUGGCAAAGGGUCGCGCUGGGGCGCCUUCCUCUCUUCAGCCUUUGAAGGUGUUGAAAACCGUCUCGAUAACUUGCUCGACGAAGAACAACAGGCCGCGCAGGCAUCACAGCAAUAUGAACAGCAGCAGGGAAUGAAGGCCGCGCCGCCUGCCCCAUCACCGAGUCCCAAGCCUACAACCCCUGCUGUAGUUCCAAAGCCGAAUCGAGCCAAUGACCGACUACAAGCCAGGCUGGCCAAAGCAAUCGCAUCGCGAACUUCACAAUCUUCCCCACGUAGCUCCAUUGAUACCGCCCGUGGCUCUGUAGACAAGGAACGACCUGCCAGCACUGAGCCUGUCGUGUCGAGACAAAGUACAGAUACGCCAGAGCCGAAGCCUACUGAACACGAAAGCCCAGUCGCUGAGCCUACACCUGUCGUCGAACCAUCCUCUACUUUCGCAGAAUCACAACCAAGAAGCUCUCAAGAUACUCAGGAUACAAGUCAAAGCGGGCAAAAUGCUAAGCAAGAAUUCACGACACCAAUUAUAAUAGAACCACAGUCCGACACAGAAUCUCAAACUGCUCCAGCGCAGCAAGCAACAGACAAGACUGAAGGGCAACCGCAGUCUCUAGACCAUGAACCUGAUGUUCCUAAAGCUACGGAGACGACACAAGCCACGACUACGUCCGAGGAACUACCGCAAUCAGAACAAGAUUCCAGCCAGGCCGACAAGAACCGCUCAGACGAGGUCCAAGAAUAUAUUGAGCAGAUCGACUCCUUACAGGCUAAGCUACAAUACCUUUCCAAGAAUGCUGCGGACACAGCUAAGCAAGCUGCAAACUCGGCCGCUGCGGGUAGCGCGGAGCGCAAGUUGGCGGAAAAGGACGAAAAGAUUGCCCUUUUAAUGGAGGAAGGACAGAAGCUUUCUACCUCAGAACAGAAAUUCCGAACAACCGUCCGUAAGCUGCGGCUGCAAAUCACCGAAAACGAGAAGCAGGCAAAUGAGCUCAAAAAGGACAGGGAGAAAGCCUUGGUUGAAACAGAAGCUCUACGCAGCCGAAUUAACAGCAAGGAAGAGCAAGAAAAGAGGAAUGAGGAGGUUCGGAAGGCUAGUGCCGCACUUCAGAAACAGAUCGAUGCACUUAAAAGGGACAAGACGGCCGGAGAGGAAGCCUAUCGACGCUUGGAACGGGAAUCCAAAACAAAGGCCGAACAAGCACAGGCUGCUCAUACUGAGGCCCUAAACAAGGCGCUAGAUGCUGAAAAGAAACGGCAGAAGGAACUUGAAGGCAGCAUCGCUACGUUACGUUCAGAAAAAGAAGCAUUGGUCGAGAGGCUGCGCCUCACUGAAAUUGAGUGGCAAGAGAAGUUGGACCGGGCAGUAGAACGCGGCCGCAACGUUGAGGAAGAAUUGAAGCUGGAACUCCGAGCGGCUGAGAGUAAGCUAGAGGCCAUGAGAGCAGCGGCGGAGGAGGCUUCUGCAGGAUCCGGAGGUGACAUCAAGUUGAUACGACAUAUUGAAACCCUCCAGUCACAGUAUGCCUCAGCUAGUGAGAACUGGCAAGGCAUUGAAACAUCGUUACUGACAAAGGCGGCCAAUCUUGAAAAGGAGAGAGACGAGGCGCAACGGCGAGAGUCGGAAAUGCGCAAGAAGGCCCGCGACUCGGCCAGCCGCUGCAAACGUCUUGAAGAUGAACUACAAGCUGUCAGCCCAGCUCUUGCAACCGCUCGACAAGAGCUUGAGGCAUGCCGUGAGGAACUCGCUACCCUCAGAACCCAGCACGUGAGUGCCGAAACAGCACUUGAACAGGCCCGCAGCGACCUCGAGAAGCACCAGCGAGCUGCCAGUAGAGAGGUGUCCGCUGAGGCUGAGCGAAGACAAUGGGCAGACGAGGUUGCGAUAAGCACACCAAAGUCUCAAAGCAGACCCGACUCUCCAUUGCUUUCCGUAGCUCGGACGUUCAGCUCAGACCUUAUUGGUCUCCCUGUGCCAGGCAGACAGCCACGUCGGGUACCUACUCCUGGGAGUCAAACUGACAGUGCGGGCGAAGGCUUCUUCUUUGGCAGAAGAAUGUCCAGUCAGCCUCCUCGACCAAGUGCCUUGUCCACGACUGGACCCAUGAUGCCACCGCCACCUCCUUUCUCGCCCUUUGAGCCACCUAGCGAGUCACCUCGCGCAGCGUCACCACCGCCAGAUCGCGACGAUCUCGAGGACGGUGAUCCCUCUUCUCCUCGAAAUAUGGCGCAGGACAUGAUUUCAGUGUCAACGGUUGGUGCUGGUCCUUCGGUGCAGCUUGUUGAGAGAAUGAGUGCGGCGAUCCGACGACUAGAGGCCGAGAAGGUGGCUUCCAAGGAAGAGAUGGCUCGCGUUUGCAGCCAGCGAGACGAAGCGCGAUCUGACAUUGUGAACCUCAUGACUGAGUUGGAAGCCCAGAAGGGUGCCACAGCACGAGUCACGGAAUUAGAAACGGAGGUGGAGAACAUCAAUUCUCGAUACCAAACUACUUUAGAAAUGUUGGGUGAGAAGAGUGAGCUUGUAGAGGAGCUGAAGGCCGAUGUUCAGGACGUCAAGGAUAUGUAUCGCGAACUGGUAGAGCGGACAGUGACGAAAUAA